GAAUACUCGACUGUGCCGUGUUACCCGCACCGCCCCGACACAACGCCGCGAACCAAGUGCUAAACUUUCGCGCCAACCUUUGAAUUUAGAAUAUCGGAAUUUUUGUAAGUGCAUGUGUGUGUGACGUCAUGAACAAGUGAUGUUUGUCAGUCCUGUAGACGGUUGCAAAAUGUUUCUGUGUUUUUGUCUCGUUAUUUGGAGCGCUCUUUCGCCGGCUCUGGCCCAAGUUGACCGGCGAUGUGGACAUCCAGCUGUGCCCCCAAACGCAAGGGUCUUCAUUCCUCCAGGAGACAUAGUGCCUGGUACCAUAGCGACCUACGAGUGUGAUGAAGGGUACGAGCUGUUCGGGGCUCACCAAAGAGAAUGCACCCUCAGAGGCGACUGGACUGCCGACGUUCCUUUCUGCGGUACAAACGUGGCGUUCAGAAAGCCUGCUAAUCAAUCGACCACAGUUCGCGGAGGUGCUGCAGCUAACGGCAAUGAUGGAGAGAAGACCACAGAACAUGAUGGCAAGCGGUGCACGGAGACACAGAGGGAAGCCUCGCCAUGGUGGCAGGUGGACCUGCUCAGGCACUACGCCGUCAAGGUGGUCAGAGUCACUACAAGAGGAUGUUGUGGUCAUCAGCCGCUUCAAGAUCUAGAGAUCCGAGUGGGUAACAGCAGCACAGACUUGCAGCGCAACCCUCUAUGCGCCUGGUUCCCUGGUACCAUCGAUGAAGGUAAAACGAAAACGUUCACGUGCGCACGACCGCUGGUUGGCCAGCACGUGUUCCUGCAGCUGGUCGGCGUUGAAGGCUCCUUGUCUCUCUGUGAAGUUGAAGUGUUCACCACUGAAGAAUUCUCCAACGACCGUUGCGCCCCAACCGGAGCCCCUGCCGACAUCGAGCUGGCUGCUUUCUCCAGAAACUGCUACGAAUUCAACGUGGCUAAGGGCAUGUCUUUCGAUGACGCUAGAAAGCAAUGCCAGACACACGGAGGAGAUCUCAUUCACGGAUUCCAGGGUGCGACAUCAAGUUUUCUGAUCCAAGAGCUAGAACGAAGGAAACCUCAACUAAAGACCCAACUGGUCUGGAUCGGAGCACAAAAGGAACCGGGUCUGACUUCCAGAACUUGGAAAUGGGUUGAUGGUGAACUGGUACAAAAGCCAACGUGGGGUAAGGACCAGCCGAACAACUACAAUGGAGAACAGAACUGCGUGGUGCUGGACGGAGGUCGGGCGUGGCUGUGGAACGACGUGGGCUGCAACUUGGACUACCUGCACUGGAUCUGCCAGUACCUGCCUCCCUCUUGUGGAAGUCCGGAUAAGCUGUUGAAUACGACCAUCGAAGGAAACAACUACCAAGUUGGAGCUUCAAUCGCCUACAAAUGUCCAGAGGGACACAUGCUUCUCGGAGACAAGACUAGGGAGUGCAAGAAAGAUGGAUUCUGGUCUGGUGCAGCACCCAGCUGUAAAUACGUAAAUUGCGGAGGACUGACGCCAAUCCAAGAUGGAGAUGUAACUCUAGUCGACGGCAGGACGACACACGGCGCUAAAGCUGUUUACUCCUGUCGAGAAAACUAUACCCUGGUUGGGGAAGCCGAACGCAUGUGCAUUGAUGACGGUAUUUGGAGCGGUGAAGCUCCUAAAUGUCUGUUUGACUGGUGUCCCGAACCUCCUCCGGUUACUGGAGCCAUAGUCACCGUCGACGGUCACAAGGCUGGAUCUCUGGCUACCUACAGCUGCCAAAAUGGAUUUAUUCUCUUUGGACCUCCGAGCGUAACCUGUACUCUUGGAGGAUCAUGGUCAGGUACACCACCUUCCUGCAAGUACGUUGACUGUGGAACACCAGCUCAAGUUCACAAGGGUUCCUUCAUACUCCUAAAUGGCACCACAACGUAUGGCUCCAUAGCUCGGUUCAACUGCGAGCCUGACUACUGGCUGGAUGGUGCGGAAGUCCUCACUUGCAAUAGAGACGGAAAAUGGUCUCAUGAUAUACCAUCUUGUGAAUUGAUAUCAUGUGCGGAACCUGAGGCUCCUGUUGGUGGUGAAUUUGAGGCUUACGACUACAAUGUGCACUCCACUAUCGACUUCCACUGUGAGAAGGGUCACAAACUGGUCGGUGAGGCCAGCCUCACGUGCCAGACAGAUGGAGAGUGGUCCGGAGAGUCACCCAAAUGUGAAUAUGUGGACUGCGGCAAACUUCCACCAAUUCCGAACGGUUCAGCUGAACUGCUAAACGGGACCACUCACCUGGGCAGCGUGAUCCAAUACUCGUGCACCACAAACUACAGGCUCGUGGGUCCUGUUCGAAGGAUUUGCACUGAAGACUACCGAUGGAGCGAAUCCUCUCCCAGAUGUGAAGAAAUACGCUGCUCCGACCCUGUGGUACCAGAGAACAGUAUCGUAUCAGUAACUGGUAAUGACCGCAACCACGGCCGCACUCUGAUCCGAACUGCUGUCACUACCAGCAUUGGGAACAGCUACCGUAUUGGAGCUCUCGUCAAGUACCGCUGUGAACGUGGUUAUAAGGUGGUGGGUGAGAGUCUUUCCACCUGUGAAGAUAAUGGCCAGUGGAGCGGAGUUACGCCAAGGUGUCAAUACGUAGACUGCGGUAACCCUGGUCCAAUCCAGAAUGGCGUAGUGACGCUAGCAACAAACGCAACAUAUUACGGAGCAGCUGUUUUGUACGAAUGUAAUGAACAUUGGCAACUGGAUGGCGUAUCGCGACGAUUGUGCCAGGACAAUGGUACAUGGAGCUCAGAACCACCAGUUUGCAAAGAAAUAACAUGCACAGACCCAUCAAUCCAGAUCAAGGGCAGCGUAGGUCUACUCGUUGCCACAUCUACGUUGAGCAUUGGAGGAGAGGCUCACUACCGCUGCGAACGUGGAUAUGGGUUGCAAGGAAACCAGACCAGGACCUGCAAACCGAAGGGACAAUGGAGUGGAGCUCCACCCGUCUGCAUUCCGAUCGACUGCAAGUCACCGGGUACAAUCGAGAAUGGUCGUAUCAUCAUUUCGAACAGCUCCACACUGUUCGGCAGUUCCAUCGAGUACCAUUGCUUGCCCCAGUUCCAGAGAGUAGGCCCCUUCCUCCGCAAGUGUAUGGAUGAUGGUAAAUGGUCCGGCGAAGAACCCAGUUGUGAGAUAAUCUCCAACGAAGCUGCCGAAAAUGGCACGCUGCCGCUCAGUGUAGGAGUUGGAUGCGGCGUUGUGCUUUUCCUUCUCAUGUUAUUGGGAGUCAUUUAUUUGAGGCUCCGAAAAGCCACGCCAGUAAAGAACACAGAGAACAUCGAAGGAGCUGAGCGUAAGGAAGACCAAAAUGCUGCUGUGAUGAGCUACGCAACGCUGCAUGACACGAAUGGACGACAUAUUUAUGACCAUGUUUCCGACAACGUGUACGACUCACCGUACAGCGAAAGGAUCGCCGACAACGUUGCUUACGGGAGACGAAGCGACACGGACUCGGCGUACGAGCCCGAGCCGACCGGCCCAAGCGCAGUGGUCACGAUCAACGGAGUCGCUGUGCGCUGACCGCUGACUGACUCAAAGUGGCUCGUAAGACUUUUAGGUAACCAAAUCCGACGCUAAAUUGGUGUUCCUCAGUGUAAAUGUUACCUGUAAAUUUUCCCUUAAAAGUGGUUACCAUUGACUCGAGUGUUCAAACGAUACGAUAGUUUUAGGGUUAGUUAUGAGUCCCAUUCGCUAGUUGAUCACCAACCCUUACUAGGUAUUGUACCAAAGAUGUAAAUGUGUUGGAUUCGUGUGGUAUGUUUAAGACUGCAAUUCUUAUCUAUCCUUGUCAAAUUGUUAAAAGUAACAAUAUAAUAUUAUAAGUUAUACGUAACUUAUCCACGGUAUUUAAUUCCAUCCUACACUAUAUAAUAUUGUCACCCAGAAAGCUCUAGUCUCUUCAAAACAACUCUAUGCAUUGCACUUUUUAUUAUUGUCAAACUUAUUUGAAUUGCAGUCUUAAAUAUCAUGUAAAUACUUUUUGUUCAUAAUUUUUACAAUAACUCACAAUACGAACAAAAAGUAUUACAAAUAGGUACUAUAUGUAUUUAGUUAUUAAAAAUGUAUUUAUUGUUGUAUAUCGAACAAUUAGAAUUUGAUGCCAAAAUAAUUCUGCGAAUAAAAUAAUGCUUUUAUGAACAUGUUUAAUUAAGGUAUAUUAUUUAGUUUAUAUUCUUAUUGUUCCUUUUGAAUUAUGUAGUUUCUUUAUCGGUAUACCUUUAUACUAUGAACUCGGGAAUAUUUAGGGAUAUGGUGGUAUAGAUACUAACCCGAAACGUGCCUUUAUACACUGCUUUAUAUUUCUAUUCUACGUAUUGUUUUGUAAAUAUUAUUGUUUAAGUUAGAAUUAAUAUUAAAAUACUAGAAACCCAAUGCCUGUAAAAUCUAGACCUAUCUGAGACGUCUACAAGGAUUAAAUUAUUGCAUUCUAGCUAAAACCGACGUAGACUGUACCUAUUAUCAAUCGACUAAGUACCUAGGAAUUAGCUGUUCCUUUUUGUAAUAAGAGAGAUUAAGGUAGGAACUUUCUCUUGUUAGGUUCAAAUGUAGGUACUAUUAUUGUAUCAAAAUACUAAUACAGUUGCUUUUUUACGAAUGAAAUUAAUUACCUAAUCAAUUUCAUAUAUCAUAGUCGGAACAUAAAGGCCUCGAUACAGAUUGCAUGAAAAUGUUUUACUUGAAUGAUCUCGACAUGACUUCUUGUGAUUAUCGUUAAACUCAUCUUGGCCUGCGACCCCUCCCCCUCCCCCCAAUGCCAUGGCGUUAUAAAAUAAAAUAUAUUCUUCUAUGAACAAAAGUAAGGACAUCAUAAAUAUAAUUGUGAUUAAAUAUUAAGUGUUCAUCAGAGUAUACAAUAAUAUUUUUGUUAUAUUUUAUAUUAUGUACAAUAAUUUUAAUUUAGACGGAUUCGUUAAAUAAAUGUU